GAAGCUUGUUUCUUCAGAUAUGGGUGAAGUGGAGCAAAGAGUGACAACAGGAUCUCGGCUGGGAGGACAGGAGAAUGCUGGCAUCAGUACUCUGGAACAUGGACAGAAAUUGCCUACAACACCUACAGGAAAACUUAUUUCUAUCAAAAUCCAGAUGCUGGAUGAUACCCAGGAAACAUUUGAAAUUCUGCAAAGAGCUCCAGGAAAGGUUUUAUUGGAUGCAGUCUGCAACCAUCUGAAUCUUGUUGAAGGUGAUUAUUUUGGCCUUGAGUUUCUGGAUCAUAAGAAGGUCAUGGUUUGGCUGGAUCUUUUGAAACCUAUCAUAAAACAAAUCAAAAGACCUAAGCAUGUCAUUCUAAAAUUUGUGGUGAAGUUCUUCCCACCUGAUCAUGCUCAGCUACAAGAAGAAUUAACAAGGUUGGUGUACUUAUUUGCAUUGCAAGUAAAACAGGAUUUAGCACAAGGAAGACUAACCUGUAAUGACACUAGUGCUGCUCUCUUAAUAUCACAUAUUGUACAGUCUGAGAUUGGGGAUUUUGAUGAAACCAUUGAUCGUGAACACUUAGCAAAAAACAAAUAUAUACCUCAGCAAGAAGCUUUAGAAGACAAAAUAAUGGAAUUUCAUCAUAAUCAUAUUGGUCAAACGCCAGCAGAAUCUGAUUUCCAGCUGCUUGAGAUUGCCCGUCGUUUGGAAAUGUAUGGAAUCCGGUUGCACCCAGCCAAGGAUAGAGAAGGAACGAAGAUCAACCUAGGGGUGGCUCAUACAGGCAUCCUGGUGUUUCAGGGUUACACGAAGAUAAAUGCAUUCAACUGGGCUAAAGUUCGAAAACUCAGCUUUAAGAGGAAGCGUUUUCUUAUUAAACUACGGCCAGAUGUAAAUAGUAACUUCCAAGACACCCUGGAAUUCCUAAUGGCUAGUCGGGAUUUUUGCAAGGCCUUUUGGAAAAUUUGUGUAGAACACCAUGCGUUCUUCAGGCUCUUUGAGGAACCCAAACCCAAACCCAAACCUGUUCUUUUCACCAGAGGUUCAUCCUUUAGGUUCAGUGGCCGUACUCAGAAGCAGGUCCUUGACUAUGUUAAAGAAGGAGGACAUAAAAAAGUGCAAUUUGAGAGAAAACACAGCAAGAUUCAUUCUGUUAGGAGUCUGACUCCAAAAUCUGCAGAGCAACUUUCUGAGGUGCCAAAACAAAGUGGUAGUUUUACACGUGGAGAUGGUGCUGAUUCCCUGGUUGUGCAAAGCUGCCGACAGGGAAAGGAAUUAAACAUUUCAGUGGAAGAUGGUGGACCACACACAACUCCUUCCCUGAAAAAAAGCCCUAAAGAAGGCCAGGGGAUGGACGGUACUACAAUGGCAACGAUGGAGGAAGAAGAGGAAGUCAUAAAGGACAGGUCACAACUCAGCAGAUCUCAGACGCAGCAGCCAAGCACAGCAGGCUCUCUUGCUGGCAGCCCUCACCUUUCAGAACUGUCAAUCAAUUCUCAAGGUGGACCAGCCAUAGCAAAUGCAACUUUGUCUCCUAAUUUGAGUCCUGACAAUAGGCAAGUUUCUCCAUUGGUCAGUCCCUUGCUGAAUGAUCAAACUGGUGUCCGGGCUGAUGAUGAAGAGGAGGUCAGGAGAAAGAGGUUUCCAACUGACAAGGCAUACUUCAUUGCUAAAGAAGUUUCCACUACAGAACGAACUUACCUGAAAGAUCUUGAAGUCAUCACAUCGUGGUUCCAGAGCACAGUAAGUAAAGAUGACUGCAUGCCAGAAGCACUGAAGAAUCUCAUCUUUUCAAACUUUGAACCUUUGCACAAAUUUCACACCAACUUUCUAAAGGAGAUAGAACAGCGCAUUGCUCUAUGGGAAGGCCGCUCUAAUGCCCACUUGAAAGGAGAUUACCAAAAAAUUGGAGAUGUUAUGCUCAAGAAUAUUCAGAGUAUGAAGCAACUAACUGUUCAUUUGCGAAAGCAUAGUGAAAUUCUGCUAGAGCUGGAAAAUGGGAUCAAGAACUCUCGCAGGCUGGAAGCCUUAUGCAGAGAUUUUGAGAUGCAGAAAGUCUGUUACCUUCCCCUCAAUAUCUUCCUUCUCAGGCCACUGCACAGGCUUAUGCACUACAAGCAGAUAAUGGAAAGGCUCUGCAAACAUUAUCCACCAAAUCAUGUGGAUUUCAGGGACUCCAGAGCUGCUCUGGCAGAAAUUUCAGAGAUGGUGGCCCAACUUCAUAGCAGUAUGCUAAAAAUGGAAAACUUCCAGAAACUGCAUGAACUGAAAAAAGACUUGAUCAUUAUGGACAAUCUGGUGGCUCCAGGAAGGGAAUUUAUUAGGUUGGGUAGUCUCAGCAAGCUGUCUGGGAAAGGCUUACAGCAACGGAUGUUCUUCUUGUUCAAUGAUAUAUUGCUGUACACAAGCAGAGGCCUAACAGCAUCAAAUCAGUUUAAGGUUCAUGGGCAGCUUCCACUGUAUGGUAUGAUGAUUGAAGAGAGUGAAGAAGAAUGGGGGGUUCCCCAUUGCUUUACACUGAGAGGUCAACACCAGUCCAUUGUCGUUGCUGCGAGUAGCCGCAUUGAAAUGGAUAAGUGGACUGAGGACAUACAGAUGGCAAUUGACUUAGCAGAGAACUGUAAUGAUCCUGCUGCUGAAUUCCUUGGAAAUAGCCCACCUGACACAAAGUCCCCCGAAGAAUCCUCUGUAGACCAGGAGUCGGAAGAUGAUCUCAAUGCAUCCCGCACCUCGCUUGAACGUCAGGCUCCUCACCGUGGCAACACUACGGUGCACGUCUGCUGGCACAGAAAUACCAGUGUUUCUAUGGUCGACUUUAGUAUUGCGGUGGAGAACCAACUCUCUGGAAACCUUCUGAGAAAGUUCAAAAACAGCAAUGGGUGGCAGAAACUCUGGGUGGUAUUCACCAACUUCUGCAUGUUUUUCUACAAAUCUCACCAGGACAAUCAUCCCUUAGCUAGCCUUCCUCUGCUCGGUUAUUCACUUACCAUUCCUUCUGAAUCGGAGAACAUUAAUAAAGACUAUGUCUUUAAGCUACACUUCAAAUCCCAUGUGUACUAUUUUAGGGCGGAGAGUGAAUAUACAUUUGAAAGGUGGAUGGAGGUGAUCCGAAGUGCCACAGGCCCAGCCUCGCGCAUCCGUGUAUUAAGUCAUGAAGAAUCCCAUGUUUAUUGAUGGCUGAACUCCAAAUGGUUCAUUCCAGCAACUGCUGCUUUUUUAGAGGAUAUUUGAAUUUAUUUUCCCCUUUUAAGGUUUAGUAAAACACAGAUCUAUUAAAAAAUGUUUUGGAUCAGCUUUUGAAAUAAUGCCUCAGCAGGUUUGUUUACUAUUAUCAGCCAAGUGAUGGUUUCAUGUCUUGUAUUUGUUCUUCGGUGUGGUUUUUUAGCUUGUGCCAGUAUUAAAAUAUUGUCCUUGGAGUGCCAAAUGCCAAAAUAUAUUUCUUUGCCUCAAAAAUUUGCACCAGAAAUAUACAGACCAAUUUUUGUAGCAAUGUUUUUUUUGUAUUUCCUUGAAAACAAGAUGCCUCUUCUUUAAAAUAUAGACCCUCAAAAUGAUUUUUGGACUGAUUUUUUUUUUUCCUAAUUCCUAUCUGUUGCAUUUACCACCUUCAACAUAAACCUGCACAUGGAAGUUCUUUUAUUUUUGGUGGUUUUACAGAGUUUGCUUCUAAAAAUUAAAACUGGCAGCCAAAUAUGUAUUUUGUUUAAUUCAUCUCACUUUCGGAAGUUGGAAAUAUUUCCUUCCGAUAUUGUCGGACGGCUUUGCCUGCUCUUUCCUGGUGAAAAUUAAUAUCCAGAAAUCAUGCGCAAGAAACAGUUUACACAUUUUACCCCAUGAAAUGCUCGUAACGAUGAUGUCUUAGGAAGUUUAAGAUGGUAUAAUAGUUGGUGUAACAAAAUGUCAAUAUCUGUGUUCUACAAAGAUUGUGGCAUUUUUUUGUCAGAAAAUUGGUGUUUCAAUAAGGACAGGUGCAGGUGUUCAGAGGAAACAUUUUUUUCUGUAAUGUUUUGUCCCAAUAUACUGUGUGUUUCUGCACCUUUAUCAGUGGUACUAUAAAUCCAUUCAUAUUUUGUCUGUACAAAUUUGGAAGCAAUUAGCCUUAAAUAUGUUCAUUUAAUCAACUUCAGCCCAGUUAAGAGUCUAAAACAGCCUUUCUCAACCUUUUUUUCCCCUGGAGGAACCCUUGAAGUAAUUUCCAGGGUCAAGGAACCCCUGCAUAAAAGUGGUUAUAUCUAGAGCUGACGGUACAUCAGCGUGAUCAGUAAGCUGGGUUGCCGCAUGUAAAAAUCCCCACUGCUGGGAGUGCUCGCAUUGCAUGGCACACAGAGUUCAAAAAAGCAGUAUUUUUUUUAUAAUAACAAGCUCUCACGGAACCCAAGUUGAGAAAGGCUGCUCUGAAGAUUUGAUUGAGAGUACACACCUUCCAGCAGUUGAAAUAGAUUUAUCGUAAACUAUUACAUGCAAUAUGAAUCCCACCAAGUUUGCCACACGUUUGAGGAACUGGUUACUACCGCAUCAAUCAAUCUCUUGUUUUAAGAGUGGGUUUGCCAAAUAUAGAGGCUCUAUUGUUCCUACAUGGUAUAAACAUGUUUUAAGAUUUGCUUACUGAAAAGGGAAUAAAAUACCUCAACAGCUUUAAACACUGUAUAGUUUGAGGGUUUCUUUUGAAGAUGUUUCUUUCUUGCCAUUUACAAAAAUUUGUUAUUUUGAAUGCGUGUAAUUGAUAUCACAUAAUUUAUGUGUGUGUAACUGAUUUAGGCAACUUACAUUGGGUCGUCAAAAAGCGUCUAUGAAAAGUUGUCUGGCCACAGGCAUGAACCUUCCUUUGGCUUACAUAUCCCAACAUGCAUUUUGCAGUCCAAGGUUGGUUCAAAGCUUUUUCUUUCCAAUACCUUUCCCCCCCCCCCUUGGCUGCGGUUUGAUUUUUCCCACUAAACCAUGAGAUCAAGGCUGAACACCAGAAGGUCACAGAACCUUGUUGCUGUAAAAAGAGUCUCUCAUUUUUUAUUGUUGUUUUGUUUUGAAGUGGAGGAAAGAUGAUCAAAGUCAACCUGGCUGGUGCUGCCCCAAUUAUGUCUUUUUGAAACCUCUUCAGCAAUUCUAUUUCUUAAAGGAGAAGUAAAAGGAAAGGGGGGAAAGCAAAAAGCUACAAAUAGAUUGGGAAAAAAAGAACAAAGUUAAAAAAAAAACAGCUGGAACUAUUUUUAGAGUAGGUUUUACACUGAUGAUGGUUUUGAAGAAGGUCACAUAAGAUCAUCAUGCAAGCUUAUGACAAUCUCUCUUAUUUACUAGAUACAGCUUUUAGCUUGUGCCUUUUCUAUUCAGCAAGGUUUCCAUGGUCUGCUUUUAGCAGCUGGAUUUGCUCCCUGUGGCAGUCACUGUAUCAUAAUGCCAAGGGUGGCACCAGUUUUCAGCUUUUGCCCACUGUCUGCUUCUCAGAGAAUAAAUACCAUAAGCACAACUCACUUAUUCAGUAUUUUUUAUUAGCUAUCAGAUAACCUCUUGCAGGAACAUUGCUUAUGGCAACUUAAUUCUGCUUUCAGCUCGUUACUUGGAUUUCCAUACAAAAUAUAAUAAUCACACCUUUUUUUUCUUAACAUUAAUGUUCAUAAAUUAGCAACAGCACUGAGGGAGGAGCAUAUAAAGAUGUUACCCACUUUACUCCAAAGGUGUAUCUUUCAGACUAUAAUUUAUGCACUUCCAUAUUUUUUAAAUAAUUAAAAUUAUAAAGUUAAUUAGGUAAUUAACUGAAAGAGUUUGAUUUAUGCCAAGUGUGUUGACAUUUCCUAGAUCAUAUGUAGGUUGGAAUAACUAAAGAAAGGAAGUAAACAACUCCCCUUACUGACAGAAGCCACCCUUGUCUGACCAGUUAAGAUAUUAUCACUUGGAAACAAGGAAAUACUGUAUUUAGAAGUAUGCAUCAGCUAUGAGUCACUUUGUUCUUAAGAGCAGCAAUUUACACAAUUACAUUACAACCUCAUUUGAGGAUACCAUACAAAGCUUAUGGGAGAGAGUUUCUUUUGCUUGAGAUGGCCAAGAUGAUUAUCCUUAGUUCAUUAUACUUUCUUUACAAUUCCACCUGUCGCCUUUUGGUAUGAGUAAAACUUUCUAAAGUUACUUCAGUUCCAGUGAGGAUAUUCCAUACUUGUAUUUCUUUAUCCUCAGAUUUACAAAGGUGACCAAUUAAAGGAAUACAUUAGAUACCAGAAUAUUAGCACUUCAUUUUGAUACAAUAGGAAGGGGUUAACUUAGUUCAAUUUCUGAUGUUAUUUAUGAACUUCUGUUACAAUUUGUUACGUAACACUGUUUGGACAACAACUUUCUACCUUACCAUAAGACAUUUGGCAAGAUAUGUGGCAUUUUUAUAAAAUGACUGACUGGAAAACUGGUAUGCACAUUGGUGGUGUAGGUCCAGACUUAGUCAAAUAUGCAUGACACAUCCUAUAUCCAAACUGAUUUCAACAAGUGUACUUUAAGUAUGGCUGAUCCAAUUCCUUCCUUUAUCCUUCCCUUAUCCUUCUGUUUUAGUGUAGCCACGACUGGAAAAAAUACUCAAAAUUCUUAGGCAAUUUUUCCAUCUGUAUGCAGCCUAACAGGGUUGAGGAGAAUAUUUACAUCCAUUUUUCCAGAACAUGGUGGCCAUAACAGUAUUUGGACUUGCAGAAGUGCAAUUUCUUAUGGUUCUGUUUUUCCCCUUCAAGUGUCAUUAAAUUUUGAAAGCUACUUUCUUGUAAAAUAUCUGAUAUAAAUACGCUGAUCAAUGACAUAACAAAAUGGUUGUAUUUCUUUAUUUCUGUGUCAUGAAACAUACACGGUUUUGAGAAUAGGUUGAUAUCUGACAUAAGCAAAUAUACUGUAUACAGUUAUAAACAGCAGAAUUACAGAAGUAAACAGAGCCUGAUCAAAGAAUAGGUCUUCACUGCAUAUGUCACAUGAUGGCUAAAAAAUGGGACCUCCAUGUAUAGAGAUAAAAAAGGCAUUCCCAGAUGCUUAUGAAAAAAAUAAGCUAGGUAUUAGACUGCUGUGUUUGUGCAUUUCCAAAAAGCAGCUGUUGACCAGCAUUAGACAUUUGCCAUAAUUCAGCAAGGAAAUCAUAGUUUUAUGCUUCUCUAAAGAGCAACCAGCUCAUACUUAGAAUAUUUUAUCCAACUACUGUGAAUUCCUCAGCUGUGUAGAUGCUCCAUAUAUUCAGAAUCCUUACUAAAAGUUACUAGAAGAUAGAAAUGUACAAUUACUGCUCUCUUCCUAAGUGUAAGUAAUUUUAUAUCUGAAGACCUUUAAAGUUGGUUUAUGGCUCUGACUAUAAAACAUCCCUAAUUAAGACAUUUCCAGUUCAUCAUAAUGUACUACAGUAACUAUGCUAACCUAAAAGAGCAAAAAUGAAGUCUUGUGGCAUCUUAACCAAUUUAUUACGGCAUAAAUUGGAUUAGAGAUCAGUGAGAUUGAUUUACUAAAAUAUUUUAAAUUGAAAGCUUUCCAGGAAAUACUCUGGGAUACUUAGUGUAAUUUUCUGAAAUAUUACAAGUAUUCUAAUGUACAUAAUUUUCAAAAUUUCACACAGUAUUAUAUACCUUUAUGUUGUGUAUAUUAUGGAAAGGAGGAUUUUACAUGCUAAUUUAAGCACUUCCAACACUCUAUGCAUCAUAUAUGCACAUACUUUUCCUGGGAUAGCCUCUCCCUCCCCUCCCAAAACCCCUGUGUGAAAUGACCUGUUUGGACUAAUAUAAGAUCCAUAAGUUACUGUACAUUGCUAAUUCAUUUUAUAAAGCAAUGCAUUUUUGGAAAUGAAAAUGGUCCCACGAAAAUGUAUAUCCUUUCCACACCACUGGACUAAGCUUCUACUUUGUCAGAUGCACAAGUGUUACUAAAAUUGUGUGUACAUCCAUAUACAUUAUGAGUGCCAAAGGGAAAAAAAAUCAAUCAGAUGGAAAGCCAUGAAACUCUAGAUGUAACUUUGCAAAAUUCACUUGAAGUCCUUGUCUGCAUUCUACAGGUAUUUCACAGCAUUUCAAUCCCACUACAAUAUAGAAUUGCUAUUUGUGUGAUAAAAUGGACUCUAGCCCAUGAACAUUUAUGUAACAGUAAAUCAGUAAGCCCUUAAGAUGCCAAAAUAACACUUUUGCCAUUUUGUGUAUUUACAACUUCAGUUCAGUAGCAGAUCUACGAGGACACAAUGAAGCUUAAGUUUCAUGUUUGUGCUUUGGCUCACUGUCUAUAUAUGAGGGAGGAAGCCAAUUUCAUGACUUUGUACCUAACACACCUGCCAUCUUUCCACUCCAAAAUCAGAUAAUAAAAUCUUCCAUCCAUUGAUACAUAUAUAAGCCAAUGUACUAAUUAUUACCCCUGUGUGCACUAAUGACUGCAAAAUUCUACUAUCUAUUAAUGAAAGCACACACUUUUCAAUAGGUCCUAAAACUAUUACAAAAACAUCAAUAUUGAAAAUUAUGAAAAAUACAAAAGGUUUCAUAUAAAGGUCAAGAACCAAACAAAACAGUGCAAUGAACUACAAGGGGGGAAAAACGGCACCUAAGUGACGUUGUGAGUAAACAGGAGCAACUUCUCACAAUUUUCCCAGAAAAAACAGUGAUCUUCCAGUUCAUUUACAAGGGGGUGGCUGUAAUGGAAUUAUGUCUUCUAAUUAAAUAGUUAAAAAGUGGCCCAACAGACUCAGACAGAAAACCUUUGUAGUUUGAAAGACUUGGGUUACUUUUAGACUGCUUAGCAAUUUCAUUAUGCAAAAUGGGAAAUUUCUCCUCUAUACAUAAGCAAAUUGUGGUGCCCUCUGGUAAAAAGGUUAAGACAGAACUCUUACCUUAUUCGAUAGGCAGAAAACAGUGCUAACUCUACCAUAAACUGCCACAGAAUAAUCCUGAAUACAUACAACACUGCAAUGCUGGGUUUUUCUAGGACAGUUCUAAAACAGUAUUUAAUAAACAAUAAAGUUAAACGGUCAAAGUAAAAAUGGACUCAAAACUACAACAACAACAAAAUACAGGUAGUCCCAGGUUUAAGAACGAGUUCUGUUCCCAAGGUCUGUCCUUAAA